AUGUCGUCCUACCGGCUUCCCAAUAUCCCAUCACUGCGAAGACAGCAGCUUCGGCUUGAAUUCACGAGUCUGAAAACAGCUCCUCCCCCCGGCGUCUAUGUGAAUAUCUCACCGACAGAUCCCACCUUCUGGUCUGGUGUUAUUUUUGUGCAGAAGGGCCCCUACGCAUCUGCGAUUCUGCGAUUUCAGUUCCGCUUUCCAUCGACUUAUCCGGAUUUACCGCCAUUAGUUACUUUCACGACAGAUAUAUUCCACCCCCUCAUCGUGCCGCUCACAACCUACACAUUUAGCACCAACUCUCCCGAUACAGAUACUGUAAGCGCAACGGAUGAAGAACGUCUACCACCCGGCGGCUUUAGCCUGAGGCAUGGAUUCCCACAUUGGUUUGGAAGAGCGCAGAGGAGUGCGUCGAAUUCAGCAGCAUCAUCACGGAAUGUGAGUGGUAGCGAACAGAAGUGCACGAAAACAGCACCCCUGGAACAGCCGAGUGAAGGGACAACGCCAACUCCAGAUAACAACGCGGGGGCUGGGACUUCGUCUGCGGAAGAGCAAGAUGUCUCAUCUGCGGGGCGAGUUUCGUCACAUGAUACCCAUGUGCGUAUAUCUCCGUUACCAGCCGGCUCACCGUCUACUGCCAGUGUUCAGGUGGAUGUCCCAGUUUUGACGAUUCUUAACUACAUCCGGUCGACGUUUGAUGAUGAAGCAGUAUUGGACUCCAUACCGCUGGAGGCCGCUGGGAACCCUGGAGCCUGGCAUGCCUGGCGAUCUCAUCGGGGGCUGGGAAACAGGGAAGGAGAAGAUGGCCCAGAUGGACCGGUGAAAAAGAGCAGUCUGCACGCACGCCGACCUGGAGAAUGGAACUGGGAAGGUGUUUGGGAGACGAGGGUGCAAGCUGGAAUUGAGACUAGUUACUUGGAAUCAGUCCUUUUUGGCAAUAGUACGAGGGGUGGUGCGGGCGAUGAUCUGAUUCGAUUUGUCAAGCUUGACAGUGAUACGCUUUCCAAGACGAAGGAAGAGAUUAUCUCCACCCAAAAGGGUAGCGAGAUAGAGACACCAUGAUUUGGUGGUGCUCAGCCUCGUCAAACACAGCGGGCAGAUGUUGGGGAUAAGGGGCGCCACAAUGGUGUUUUAUUCCUUGCUGCCUGCGUGCGCUCUUACCUCAUAAUACUGUAUUGCCAUGAUUAUAUACAAAACUUUCAUAUUACUCUAUCCCAAACUCUUAUUAUUUAUUCCGUGUAUGCUUGGCUGCUGACUUGGUCCUUUGCUUGACUUUGUCAUGGUGCAGCAUCGUUCCUUCUGCAUGACGCUGAUGUUUCUUUUGCUGUGUUUGUCCCUCUGCGUAAACACGGCUUUACUUCUCUCCGUUUAGCCAGAUUAUAUCAACAUCUCGUCUUAUCUUAUAUUCCCAUCGCUGGCCAUUCCAUGCUGUUUGUAUUUGGCAAUCACGCUCGAAUUCUAUAUAUCAUCCGUUC